CCCUACCGCACAGUUGUGUGCUUCUUAAAUAAAUUUCGGAUCUUUCCUCCUCUCUAUGAAAUAAGGUCGUCGUGAUUUGGCUGAACCGAAACUGAUUACAUGAUCAUGGAGAAGAUCCUUACUCCGUACGAAAAGCAGUACAUGAGAGUGGCUAUCCUCAAACACGAGGAAACUUUCAAGCGUCAGGUAUACGAACUUCACCGUUUAUACCAAGUUCAGAAGAUGCUGAUGAAGAACAUGGAGACCAAACAAGAACUACGAAGACAGGAUAACAUUGUAAAAACCGGUAUUGGGUUCAUCAGAGCAGUGGGCGAAGACGACGCCGAGCUCUGCGACGUUUUUAGAGGGGAUUUAAGGAGAUUAGAUUUGGACAACAUGGGUGGAUCGGAUGUAGAGAAUAUAGACGAGAGUGAGAUUGAACUGACACUUGGACCUGCAUGUUACGGUCGUCCGAGGAAGAAAAAAUCGUCCGGAGAUUCAGAUUCUGGCCGUCGUAGUUUGUCGUCGUCGACGUCCACGGGGUCUAGCGACAAUCGAGGAAACAAUGAAAGGCUGAUGAGGCCGCAACCAUGGCUUCAAAUAAUGAGUUUGAAUGUUACUCGAUGAUCAUUGCUUUCUGGACUUCGUAUUAACAUAAAUACUGAUUUGAAUGUAAUGGGUUUGCUUUUGAACAUUUCUUCCGGAAGUUUUAUUAGAAUUUUAAAAC